GUUCGCUAGGUCUCAGUCGCGUCUGCCUCACCCUCGAUUGUUUUCAAUCAUCUCUCUUUCUUUUCUUUUUUUUUUCUGCCUUGUCAGAAGGGCUCCACACCGUUCUUAGCCUGCACGCCGCCGCGCCAGGAACCCCCAGUGCCCACGCUCACGGCCAACAAGUUGAACAGCAACACGAACCGCCACAGUCGUCCACACGCAUCAACAUCCCCUCAACAUCCAUCCACAAGACACCACGCCUGCCCCCCGUCGCGUUCUAGAAGCACCUUCUUGCCCACCACCCAACAACGACCUUCGUCCCGACGACGCCUUCAGCCACCUCUGGUAUCCCAUCGUCAUCGAACAUAACCUGUGUGUAAGUUUAAAGUCUGAAUGUUUGGGUUUGCCCUGUGCAACUGUACAAAGUGUACAUUACAUGCUUUAGCUCCACGGUUCAGAUCGCUGUUCAAGGCUUUCUCUACGUCAGGAACUGCCAGUUGCCAAUUCGGGCCCGCUGAUCAGUCCCAUCCCGUCGUUGAAAAAGCCACAUCCCUGCCCAUCCUGACAUCAAGCGUGCAUUCGUCUGCAUUUCAGACACCGCAGUCAUUUCACCGCAUUUCUCUCACCCCCUCGUAUGCGCCCCUUUAGUCCACACUAGGUUGCCCGCUGGCCGAGGACCCCUUCACCUUGCCCAGCCCGGGACAGAUAUCCGUCGAACCAAUUCUCGUUUCCUUCCCCUUCUUCUUUCUGUUGCACUGUUCUCAAUCGGCCCAGGAUUGACGGAUUGACAGCCCAGAGGCCAUCCCGACUCGGCAGAACCCCACACUUGCAACCACCAAAACAACCACGGCUGCUUCUUAACUAUCCUGGAUAAGCCACCUCAGUCCGUUUUACGUACCUGGAUCUAGGAACAAUACAGGCGUUUCAUCGCCAACCCCACCUCUCCAGCAGGUGCUUGUCGUCCGUCCUUCGCGAACAUCGUGAGCCUAACGUACUCCAGCCCAGCAGCCUCAGUCAGGUUGUGGAGGCUAUCGCCUAAGGCCCGGCCAGACCUUCGGGACGUGCUACGGUUUUAAAGUUCGGAUCAUAAAAUUAGUCACUGGACACGAUGGCGGCCGCGUUAUGAAGCUUCAAGGCUGAGGAUUCUUUUUUUGGUACAUCUAGCAGGAAUGCGUCACUGGCAAUUCCCUGGAGGACCAACACAUCAUCACCAUCCACCACUCAACAUCCUCGCACGACGUUCUGCCACAGAGAACAAAUCAUACAAUGCCUCCAGAACCAAGAGCCAGCGACCGGGCCGCGUAUUACACGAUGAAGACGACGACUGGUUUGUCGACGACACAAGCACCAGGUCACUCCCGCACCAACUCCCAGUCUUUCUUUUCCAACAAGGGCACCGGCACCCCAUUAUCUUCGCCUCGCCCGCCCCAUUCUGUUGGUCAACAGUAUCCCUCCAAGUCAUCACCCGGUACAGGUCGAGGGGGUGCUAUGGACGCUCGUACCCCGAGCCCAAAUUACUUUGGUCUCGCCGUGGACUCUGGUGCUGACCCACGAGAAUCGGCGCUUCUGCCGCACGAGAACUGGAGCACCCCAACGUCCUCAGUCAAGUCCUUUGCCGCUGCCAUACCAAAACACUUGCCGCUAGAUGCCAACCCAGAGUUUGAGGCCUUCAGGCGACAGAUUGAUGCAAACAGGGGGCGCUCCGGGUUUAGCCUCUCCGCCACACACUUCAACAUCGCAAGUGGAGGCCCGUUCGCUCCGACAGUAUCAACCCCUUCUGCCCAACAACGGCCUCGCCCGCCACGAUCACAAACCCAUGGAAGUAAUUUGCCAGAAAACCCGCUGCCGCGGCCAUCAUUACCAACAGAGUCCGGCAGCUGGGGGCCGGGGGACAACCCCUGCCAGCCAGCCGUGGAAAAGGACAGUUAUCAAGGUGCGCCCCACCUCUCGACAGAGUCGAGGCUUGGGAUCAAGGGAUUCAAAAAUCCUCCUUUUUUCCUGGGUCUUGCAAAGCCGCCGAGCCAGGAGUGGGAGAAAUUCAACUCAUCCAUCUCCGAAGCAAGCGGUCGACCCGGCCGCAAAACUGAGACGCCCUCGCCUACUUUUAGCCAACAGACACAUGAUGGUCAGCAGGCAACACAAGGAUGUGGCGAGCCUGACAUGAUCCCACCAGCGGCGCUCAAACAACUCCUGGAUAAGAGCAAAGGGGAAGACCUUCUGCUGCUAGACAUCAGGGUUUCUCCCCAGUUUGCUCAAGCGAGGAUCCAGGGCGCCCUGAACCUGUGUAUUCCAACCACCCUGUUGAAGAGGGCAACCUUCAACCUCGAGAAGCUUCAACAGACUUUCCAGGCGGACCGGGACCAGGACAAGUUCGCCAAGUGGCAGACAUCGAGUCAUCUGGUUGUGUACGAUGCCGCGUCCGCCGACAAGCGUGACGCGACCUCGGCUCUGAACAUGAUCAAAAAGUUCACCAACGAGGGCUAUUCGGGAACCACGAGCAUUCUACGCGGUGGCUUUAACGCCUUUGUCCUGGCGUAUCCAAACUUGGUCGAUCGCUCAUCAAACAUGAUGUCACCCAGCCUGUCACUAGGUGGCGCAGGUUCUGCUACGAAUGGUACACGGACAAAUGUCCCGCCUGUCAUUGGCGGAGUCAUGCUGCCGAGCACAAACGACAAGAUAGAUCCAUUUUUCAGCAACAUCCGCCAAAACCAAGACCUUGUUGAUGGCGUUGGCCAGAUGGAUGUUGGGGUUCCGACAGGGCUUGAUAAGAAUAGGCUACCGCGCUGGCUCCAGGAGGCCAUCGAGAUCAGCGACCAUGGUAAGCGGGUAUCGGACAAGUUUCUGCGGAUCGAGCUUACAGAGCAGUCCCGCAUGAAGCUUGCCUAUGCUGCCUUUGCGAGCUCGAAAAAUCACGGUCCCCAGACCGAGACCCAGGUGCGGUUGUCUGGGGUUGAGCAGGGUGGAAAGAACCGGUACAAGGAUAUCUUGCCGUUUGAACACGCACGUGUGAAGCUUCAGGGCCGUCCAGAGGGAGCAUGCGAUUAUGUAAAUGCCAGCCACAUCCAGGCCAAGCGGAGUUACAAGCGUUAUAUCGCCAGCCAAGGACCCCUGCCGGCGACGUUUGAGGACUUUUGGUCGGUGGUCUGGGACAAUGAUGUACGCGUCAUUGUCAUGUUGACUGCCGAAUCGGAAGGGGGUCAACUCAAGUGCCACCCCUAUUGGAAAGGCAGGGACUUCGGUCCUGUCCGGCUUCGUCUGCUGUCCGAAAAAAAGAUAUCGUUGGAUAUUGAUAAGCAUCGGGCCGGAUCGACCGCCGCGAACGAUGAAUCUGCUCCAACCCAGUCGAACGACCACGCCUCCACCAUCUCUGAAGGAGGCCGUCGACGUGCCAAUACCACAACCACGCUGAACUCCAAGACCCCGGGAUCCCAAUAUGGCACCACCCAGGCUGCCGAAACUCCUUUCGUCACGAUCCGAAAGUUCGCUCUAAGCCAUGCAAUGGAACCCUUCGCCCCCAUUCGAGAGAUUACCCAUCUCCACUACACUUCAUGGCCUGACUUUGGUGCACCAGCCCAACCAAGCCAUUUGCUCGCGCUGGUGGAAUUAGCUAAUGUCAUGCAACGCGCCGCCCUCCCCAACGACCCUACAGUGACGACGUCACAGGCGCAACCUCGUCAUGACAGCGGCAGCUACUUUGACCCGUCCCCCCCACUCCGACCAGACAGCCUGAGCACCACUGUCCAGCGUACCUCUUAUGACGCGCCUGAGCCUGUCGAGAAAAGUCGUCCCAUGCUAGUUCACUGCUCGGCCGGGUGUGGCCGAACAGGAGCCUUUUGUACGGUGGACAGCGUAAUCGACAUGCUCAAGCGGCAGCGGCAGCAGCAACAACAGCACUCUUUGGCCGCGCAGGCGUCAUCCUCGACCGUUCACCGGUGCAGUUCUAACAAACGGACAUCCCAAGACGGCUGGGACGAUGAUGACGACGACGGCAGAGGUAAGCGUCUCGCGCUCCAGCAAGACCGAGACACAAGGGUGGAUCCAGACGGAGAUGUGACAAUGGCCAUGGAUGAAGGCUUUGUCGUUCUCCCACGCCAAACGGCAGCACCGUCGCCUUUCACAUCCCAAGCAAACGGGUUCCCCGGGUUCAGUGGUGGCAGGGAGAGCAUAGACACGGCCUGGCUGGAGGACGACAGCGUUGAUCUUAUUGCCCGGACAGUAGAGGACUUUAGAGGGCAGAGAUUGAGCAUGGUGCAGAGCUUGAGGCAGUUUGUGCUGUGCUACGAGACAGUGCUGGAGUGGAUCUGGAGGGUGGAGGAUGGUGAUGGCGCAGGGGGGGGUCUGCUUGGUCGAGCGAGAGGAAGGAGUGGCAGUUUGGCUUUUUGAUGCAAUGGUGUCGACAACAAGUGGUUGAUAUAUAUAUACAGCCGUCCAAGGCUCUGCUUGGAAGCGUAGGCUAGAGAAGGCCGGUGUUCUUCCCGGGCAGCGGCGUUCUGCAGUUUAGCUUCGGCGGCGUGGAAUACCAAUACACUAGGCGGAAGACUACGGCUUACUAGGAAUAAUAUAAGACGAAAA